CUGUGAGGCUUUGCUUUAAAGUUUCCCUCCUGGUGUUGCAUAAGACGUCUACGGUUGUUUUAUUUUUCUUAUUUGACACAGGGCAGUACAGAUUGAUUUCAAAUUAACCAGAGAAAUAUGGCAAAGAAACUUUUCACAUUUUCCAGGACUUUUUUACAAGGACUUUCUUUCCGGGACAAGAAGAAGAGAGAUGAUGAAACCAGUGCUUUGCUACCGAAGACAGGCAAUCCAAAUGUACAAGGCUCUCCUUUAUAUCCCACAAGAGAAGAAACUGGCUGUCACAGGAAAGAGAAAGGACAGUGGUGUUUUGGACAGUCUUCCCAUCAUCACCUGGACUCACUUAGCCGCUGUGUUAAAUACCUGACCCUUGUUUGGAACCUGGCUUUCUCCAUUGUGGGGUUGGUCAUUUUGGCUAUAGGAAUCUGGGGUCUUUCAGACAAGGAAUCAUUGGCCAAUGAACAGAUAACUCAUUUGGGCAGUGACCCAAUGCUCUUUUUUGUAUUAGCGGGCCUGGCAGCCAGCGCUAUGUCUCUGUUGGGUUGUACAGGAGCCCUCAUCGAGAACACCUGCCUCCUGAAAUGUUUCUCUGCAGGCAUCAUCACCUUUGUAGUCCUGGAAACUGUUGGUGGAAUUAUUCUUUUUUCACUGAGAAACCAAAUCAAGGCCUCCUUGCAAAAUUCCCUCAUGGUGGCAGUGCAGCGGUAUCAGGAUGAUCUAGAUCUACAGUUCAUUAUGGAUGAAAUUCAGACAGGCUUACAGUGCUGUGGAGUCGAGUCUUACCUAGACUGGAAAACAAAUCUGUAUUUUAACUGCAGUUCCCCAGGUGUGCAAGCCUGCGGUGUCCCAGCUUCCUGCUGCCUGGAUCCACGGGAGAAUGGCACCAUCCCAAAUUCCCAGUGUGGCUUUGGUGCUCUGGCCCUGGAGGAGUUUGUGGCUCAAAGCACCAUCUAUCUUGGAGGCUGCGUUCCCCAGCUGAGCAGAUGGCUUAAUAAUCAUGCAGGAGCAAUUGCCUCUUAUUUUGUGUUUCUGAUUCUGAUUGAAGUAGGAAGCUUAUUACUGGCCACUAAGCUCCUAGCAGGCAUUGCCUUUGCUACAGCUCAGGAUGACAGUAGGGGGGAGGGAACAUUUUGGCCCUCUUCUUCUUACCAGGGACAAAGGGGAUUUUAUUCCUGAUCCUUUGAGCAUAGCAAAUCUAGAAUACUGCAGAAGCCCUAUUACCUUAUACUUAUUAAUUUCCCAGAGCAGGAUAUGAAGGACUGAAUUUUUCUUGCUUUUGCCUUUAUUGUCUCUGGCUAGAAUUAAUUCUGUUCCUUCCUUCCAGCUAUUUUCUCUUUCAUCAAUGUUACAUUUUCAUUCUGUACACUACCCCUUAGGGAUUGGAAAGGUUUUGUAGUACAGAAUCUCAUGACCUGGCCUUCAUUGCUGGAGAAUCUUUUAUAACCAAGCAGCUUCCCUACAAAUUAAUUUUCCAUCAUUUUUUUGAAUGCCAGUUUUAGAAAUG